CCCCCCCUUUCCCUCUUCCACAAAAACCCACUCUCCCCAAGUCCUCCUUUUUAGAGAACCGAAGCAGAGACUUCUCCACCUCCGAAUUCCAGCCACCAUGGACCGUCGGUUCUGUGGCCUCGCCGCCGCCCUCCUCCUCCUCCUCCUCCCUAUCGCCGCCGCAGCAUUGCCCCACCGGGCCGCCUCCAACGCCACGGGGGCCCAGAUCAACUCCAACUCCGUCCUCGUCGCCCUCCUCGACUCCCACUACACCGAGCUGGCGGAGCUGGUGGAGAAGGCCCUCCUCCUCCAGUCCCUGGAGGACGCCGUGAGCCGCUACAACCUCACCAUCUGCCCCCGCAACGAGGCCCUCGAGCGCGACCUCGACCCCGAGUUCCGGCGCUUCCUCCUGGAGCCCCGCAACCUGCGCUCCCUCCAGACCCUCCUCCUCUCCCACAUUGUCCCCGCCCGCCUCGGCUCCCAGUGGCCCCUCCCCGACUCCCGCCCCGCCCGCCACCCCACCCUCGGCUCCGACCCCGUCCACCUCUCCGUCGCCCCCGGCUCCGGCCUCCCCGCCGUCGACUCCGCCGAGGUCGUCCGCCCCGACGACGUCGUCCGCCCCGACGGCGUCAUCCACGGGAUCCAGCGCCUCCUCAUCCCCCGCGCCGUCCAGGAGGACUUCAACCGCCGCCGGAGCCUCCGGUCGAUCGCCGCCGUGAUUCCCGAGGGCGCCCCGGAGGUCGACCGCACCCACCGCCUCAAGAAGCCCGCCCCGCCGGCCCCCGCGGGGUCCGCGCCCGCGCUCCCCAUCUACGACGCCAUGGCCCCCGGCCCCCUAGCCCCCGCGCCGGCGCCGGGCCCCGACGGCCCGCGCGGGCACUUCCACGGCGAGGCCCUGGUGAAGGACUUCAUCCACACGCUGCUCCACUACGGGGGGUACAACGAGAUGGCCGACAUCCUCGUCAAUCUGACCUCGCUGGCGGUGGAGAUGGGGCGGCUGGUGUCGGAGGGCUACGUGCUGACCGUGCUGGCGCCCAACGACGAGGCCAUGGCGAAGCUGACCACCGACCAGCUGAGCGAGCCGGGCGCGCCGGAGCAGAUCGUGUACUACCACAUCAUCCCGGAGUACCAGACUGAGGAGAGCAUGUACAAUGCGGUGCGCCGGUUCGGGAAGGUGCGGUACGACACUCUGCGGCUGCCGCACAAGAUGGUCGCGCAGGAGGCCGACGGGUCGGUGAAGUUCGGCCAAGGGGACGGGUCGGCGUACCUGUUCGACCCGGACAUUUACACCGACGGGAGGAUCUCGGUGCAGGGGAUCGAUGGGGUUCUGUUCCCAGCGGAAGAGACGGCGCCGGCGAGUACGACGGCGGCCGAGAAGAAAGUGGUCAAGGUCGUUGCCAAGCCCAGGAGAGGGAAGUUGAUGGAAGUAGCGUGCAGUAUGCUCGGAGCUUUUGGGCAACAUUCUCAUUUUUCCUCGUGUCAAUAAAACAAUAAAAAGUUCAAUUUUUUUUUCUUCAAUUAAACUCUUCAAGGAGGAAAGGCCAAAGCGUGUAUAUGGAGAAAGGAUGACUCUGGUACAGUGGGAUUCAUAGAUGAGGCUGAGACAUAAAUGUGGGGGGGUUUCAGGGAUUUUCUCAAACCAUAAAAUAGAAGAAGACGAUGAUGUUUUCGCUCUUUUCAUUUACUGGAAAUUUAAUACUGUAAUUACCGAAAUCGAUAUUUUUUUGUAUAAUUAUUCUUGUGUUGUCACACUGCCGCUGCAAAAUCCAUGGGCACCAUUCUUGUAAGACCCUCCGUGUUGCUUUGUAUCUAAGUGGUGGUUCUUUUUGUGCUAAACUUGUCGGUUUCAUGAAAAUUAUAUAUAACAAGAAAUCGCUUCCCGUG